CACUGUUCAACCGUCACAGUAUCAUCAUCUUUCGUAAUAUUACAAUAAGUUGUUGAUAUUGUACCUAUUACCUUCUCUCUCAAUCUUCGAAGGAUCAUAUAUUAGGGAUUCACUUGUGGUUUGAUCGCAAUGAUCAAUCACGGAUUAAUUUAUGGAUUAAUCAUCACGAUGAAUUUGGCACUGGCAAAGGGUACGGUGAUGAGGCCGUUAAAAAUUGAUUCAUCCCCCUUGAGUAUUUACAAAACAAGUUUAGACAAUGAAUUUGACUACGUAUUGAAGCGCUCUGGCCUGCAAAAUGUGGACGACAGUCCAGAUUCGAAAGAACGUCGGAGUCAAAUGGGCUCAUCAUUCAUCAGAUUUGGGCGGAACCAUCAUCAGGGCAGCCUGGAGAGUCCCGACGAUUCCGCCAAUAAUCUUAAUGAAGUAAAUCCGGGUUCAUCGAGAACUCCAAGGGGAAGAUCUGAUGUCAUUAUAAGAUUUGGACGCGCUGGUUUGCCAACUUUCGAUUCUCCACGAUUUUCUACCACCGGUAGAAGUCAAACGAUACCCCUGACCUUACAAAAACUCGCUGUCAUCUGUCCCACGAUUUUGACAACCCCCGAAUCCGCUCUUCAUAAUGAUCUACUUGUGAGACUCUGUACCUCAUUAACUCUUCAAUUCUCAGAUCUGGAUAAUAAUUACUGAAAAAAAAAAUCCUGAUAUUUGUAAUUUUCAAUUGCGACUGAUUUUUGACAAUUUUUAUUAUUUUUCCGGCAUCUGUAUAAUUUGUUAUAUAUACGAAUGUGUAUUUCCACGUAUUUUUUUUAUUCCUCAGCAUAAAUAUAAGCCGAUGAGUACACGGCUAUAUUUUAUUUGAUUAUAGCUUAAUCCAGAUUGACUUGGAAUAUAAUCUUCCAUAUAUUCAGCGACGGUCAAACAAAGAUACAGAACCGAUGAGAAAUAUUAUAUAAGAUUCAAUGUGGCAAAAUUGUGUUAAGCAUUAUUGAAUUGUUAUCAAUAAUUUUCAUGAGUUAUUCGGCUUGAAAAAAUGUGCCAAUGAACAGUUGAAAACAUACUAAUCAAUAUACUAACAAAUUAAUAUAUUUCAUAACUGAAUAACGCUUAAAAUUAACGAAGAAAUGCCUCGAGAUAACUGAUUGCAGUGUAUAGAUUUAAUAUUGAAAAAAGCAGACUCAAUAACAUGAGAAAAUAAUAAAAAACACAUGACUGGUGAUUGAUUACCUUUGUU